AGCUCAUUCGUCGCAUUGCUGUUACCGGAUGCGCUGCUCGUUAGCUGCUCGUCAGUCCGCACCAACGCCACCCUCCGCCUGCUCUCAGCCUGUCACCUUCGCUAGUGUAUACAACUGGCGAAAUGCGAAAGUGUCUCGCAGCACUUUUUAUGUAAUUUCAUAUAAGAAUAAAUUGAGAGCUCCAGCCUACUAUGGGAUGGCGGGCACAAGGAGAAACGGUCAUUUACUCAAUGAGACAUCCACAUUGAGCUCUAGUUCUGCUCUGGGUGAUGGGGGCUUCAGGGAUGUGAGCAAACGCAACUGCUGCUACCAGUGCUGGGCCUGGGCAAAGGAUGGCUUCACUAUCAUUGCCUGUUGCUAUGGCAUCCUCACAAUUGCCAUUACCAUUGCCCUUGUCUUCCAAAUUAGAUUUGGGACUCCUCAGGUAACGCCAGUAGGAGCAGUGGCAUCAGAUGAUGGCGAGUGUAGUAAUGCAGCAGUGCUGGCUGUGCUGAGGGAGGGCGGCUCUGCUGUAGACGCCACUAUUGCUGCUCUGCUGUGCCUCAGUGUCACACAUCCCCACCUUGUGGGGCCUGGUGGAGGAGGUGUGAUGCUGGUGAGGGACCAUGUGCAGAACAAGACACGCGUCAUAGACUUCUUGCCCAACAUUCCUGCAAGCUUUGAUCCAGCCAAACGCACAUCAAACAUAGGUGGAGAAAGUAUUGGUGUGCCCGGGUUCCUACAGGGCCUACAGAGAGUUCAUGAGCUCUAUGGCAAACUGCCUUGGGCUAGUCUCUUCGAGCCUGCCAUCGUGAGGGCGAGGUUGGGCUUCAACGUCUCACAAUCCUUGGAUGAUGCCUUGGCUCUUCUCAAUGCAGCCCUCAUUCCUUCCCCGUCCCCCAUGUUCACGGACACACAAGCGAACUCGUUCUCCUCCACCUUCAUGCCGUUCGGUGCUCGUCUCAAACGUGGCACGGUGGUUUCCCGACGCCCGUAUGCUGAUUUCCUUCAGAAAGUGGCCGACUUUGGGCCUAAGGUUCUAUUUGAGUUGGACUACUCGGUGGAAGUUGUUAAGCUGCUCCGAGAGAGUGGCUCCAAUAUCACUGUUGCUGAACUUCAAAAUUACGAAGUUCGCGAGUAUGACUCGGUGUGGUCAAGCUACUCGAACAAGACGGUGUUCACGACUGCAGGCGCCGGGGAGCUGCUGCUGUCCACCCUGCAGCUACUCGCCAACACCGGUGUAGGCUCCACGACGCCUGCUCCUCAGCUCUACGAGCGCAUCGUACAGGCGCUCAAAACCUAUUAUCCGGUCUUCUUCAAAAUGGCGGAAGCUUUGGAGCAUCGCUCUCCUGUGAAAGAGGCUUACCGGAACUUGAGUGGAGAGCUAAGUCUUCACGACAUUUUUCACGACAUCAGCGAGAAGAGCGCUCAACUUUUCGAUGUCCAGCAUGUCCACGAGACGGAUGACGCUAGCAACGUGCUGGCGAUGCACAAGCUCAUGGAAGGCGUCCCCGGCGUGGCGGUGAAGUCUCUACCGCAAGCGUCUGCCACGCAAGUGUCCGCCGUGGACACUUACGAUCUUUAUGUGGCCGCUGUCGCGAGCGUUGGUUCUCUGUUUGGGUCGCAACUGAUGACCGCCCACGGGGUGCUCUUCAACAACAUGCUUGCCAGCGUGCCGGUCACUGCAGCCCGUGCAGCUCAGCUCCCUGAUCAGCCCGAGCUCCAAAGUGAUAUGGACAGCGCUGGGCGUGGCCGUCCGUUGCUGCCGUUUGCUCCCUUCAUCGUUGUGGACGAGCGGCAGGUAUGCCGUCACCGCGUAGUGUGCAGCAGUAGCAGCGUGAGCGACAGCGUGCAGGUGCUCACUCAUCAUCUGCUGCGAGGUCUUCCCGUCACCGCCGCCAUCGCGCAGCCCAGGGUGGCCCUCGACCCUGCCAACGAUGUCGUCCUUGUGGAUGAUCUUUCGGACGGACUGCGAUUGCACGGAAGCGUGCGAAACUUUUUGAUUUCCAAAGGCUAUCAACUCCGUAUAAACCACCCGCCAUACUCGAGCGUAAACUCCGUGAUCAAAAUAAAAGAUGACCUUAGUUCUCAUUCCGAUACGAGAGGAGGAGGACUAGCGGCCAGACUGGGCAAUGAAGGCGUUGAUUAUCAAGAAGAAGUUCAUGUACAGGAUUCUGUUAAGGAAAGACUUAGUGGAGAGCCUGUUGAUGUGGUGAAUCCAGAUGUCGAAGUUGCAUCAGAUAACGACAUGGGUAGCGAUGGCGUGCACCACGCGGUUGUUGUGGACAGUACAUCUAAAAAACAAUUUAAUAAUAUAUCCGAUCGCGUGAUAUUAGGUUCUCCUGAUAGCACUGUAAUUCAGAACGAAAAUAAUAGAUUUUAUGAAAAUGCGCCUACUUCACCUGAUUUUAGUGGCCUUUCAAUUCCCAAAAAGGAUAAAGAAAAGACUACUGUGCGUCCUAGUUCAGUCAACAAGAAGUACAUGGGCGACGCAGAAAAGUUUGACCAAAGCGAGGGUGACACACAAGGAACGGGCUACGUAGUGAAAGGAGAUACUAGGGGUGGAGUGAAACUCGUGUACCACAAACUAGAUGAAAAAUUGAAAGAUAUUGGCGUUGAUAGCAGUCACGUGAAUGCUGGCAGAGGUGCAUAUUCUAGCGUGGAUCUUACAGGAGCUAAUCAGGGUGGAACUAAAUUCACCGAGCCUAGCAUAGCUGCCCAGCCUAUUGGACCUCGCGUCUCCUCUGGAGGUUUACGUGAACCGCUCAUAGACAGCGUUUUCAGCGACUACGAUCCAUCACGUCACAUGAGCCAGGUGCGUGUGGACGAUUAUCCCGCGGGAGCCGAAGAAGGGGAGGAGAGAUUUGUGCCCACGGACACAGACUACGAUGAAGCCCCUGUCAACAUUUGGGGCAAAACAGAGACCUUACCGACGCACUCUCCACACGUUGCUGUUCUGCCUGGCCACCUCGUGCAUCAGUUCCGGAAGGAGAUGCAGAAACAACAAUUGAUGGAACAGCAACAACAGAAGCUACAAGCUCAUCUCGAGCAACAGCAAAGCCCAGCGAUCCUACAACCUGCACGAACUUUGUUCAGUCCUGAACAACCUGGCGCCGGGCUGCCGAUCAUCAUCCAGCGUCACAGAGACCACUCGCAUCCUAUCCUUGGCAGCGAAAUUAGUGGUCCUUACGAGGAAAUACUGGGCUAAAUACUUGCCUAGUAAAUCCUCAUAACUUAGUAACUCCAUGUCUUCCACCUAGAAUUAUGUCUUAUUGUAUAACUUAAUAUCUCCAUGUUUUCCACCUAGAAUUCUUUCUUAAUGUAACCUUUUCCAUUUCGAUUCUCAUUCUCACUUCAAUGAUUCUCAUGUCUCAAUUUCUUAGUUUUUCAAAAUUGGAAACUAGGAAGCAAAUAUCCAUACAUGAUGCUCCUUAUUGUGCUGUUAUUCCUGUUUAACGUGGCAGAUAAGUUCUAUUUGUGCUUUACCGUCGCCUUAUUGACGUUUCGUCUGAGAACCGCAUGGUUCAUUUUAUGUUGGUCAUAGUUUAAAUUUUUUUCAGAAGUAGUUGGUAAGCUUGACGGCAAUUUUAAU